AUGACUGACGGCAGCUCAAAAGGCCCCGAUAAAUACAAUUUCUCCACUGAAUGCGUUACAAUAGAUAAUCCAGAUGCUGGGAAGGACCAAUUUAACAGCUCGUCAGUACCCAUCUACCAGUCUGCGACUUUUAAGGGAAUGAACGGGGAGUACGACUAUUCACGCUCUGGAAAUCCAACCCGCACACAUCUCCAGCACCAUCUCGCAAAAAUCAGCAGCGCGAAGCAUGCGUUCGCUGUGAGCAGUGGAAUGGCAGCACUCGAUGUUAUAGCGCGAAUUCUUAAACCAGGUGACCACGUAGUAGCCGGUGAUGAUCUCUACGGCGGCUCUAAUCGAUUAUUAGGCUAUUUACAAUCGAAUGCGGGCGUUGUAGUGCACCACAUAGACACUUGCACUCCCAGCACCGUAGAACAAUACCUGGAUAAGGAACGCACCAGAUUGGUACUUCUAGAAACCCCUACAAACCCUCUCAUUAAGAUUUGUGACGUCCAAGAGAUCGCCUCGCGCGUUAAAGCCGUUUGUCCUUCCGCGAUUAUCGUCGUCGAUAACACAAUGAUGAGCCCGUAUCUGCAACGUCCACUCAACUUUGGCGCUGAUGUUGUUUAUGACUCCGCCACCAAGUACCUCUCAGGCCAUCACGAUCUUAUGGCUGGUGUGGUCAUUUGCAAUAGAGACGAUCUAGCAAAGCACAUGUCCUUCACUAUCAACUCAGUCGGCAAUGGUCUCGGUCCAUUCGAUUCGUUUUUGCUGUUGAGAGGUCUCAAGACACUGGCUAUUCGCAUGGAUCGUCAGCAAGCAUCUGCUAAGAUUAUCGCAUCGUUCCUCAACCAGCUACAAUUCCAAGUUCAUUACCCCGGUCUCAAAAACCACCCUGGACACCACACUCACUUUAAAAUGGCUAAAGAUGCAGGCGCUGUCCUCUCCUUUGAGACGCGUGACAUCAAGACAAGUGAGCGUAUAGUGGGGGCUGCAAAACUGUGGGGAAUUUCCGUCUCAUUUGGCGCUGUCAACUCACUCAUUUCGAUGCCUUGUCUCAUGUCUCAUGCGUCCAUCCCCGCUCAUCUCAGAGCUGAGAGGGGGCUUCCUGAGGAUCUCAUCAGACUUUGCGUCGGUAUUGAAGACUGGGAAGAUCUCAUAGACGACUUGGAGUGUAGUUUGGUACAGGCGGGUGCCAUCAGGCGGCGAGAGGAGCAAUCCACUUCGAGCACGCUGAGUUCCCCAGAAGGCUCUUUGGAGCGUGUUGGUGAAGAGCGUGCGCUGGGAUGGCAGCGGUGUUUGCCAAGUGAUGCCAAUAAUGCAAGUAUGGACGGCGCAUUACAACAGCCACAUACGUCAGGAGACGCUGAAAACAUAGUCGUGUCUGCACCCGGUAAGGUGAUUUUGUUUGGUGAGCACGCCGUCGUGCACGGCGUCACUGCCAUCGCGUCCGCCCUUGAUCUCCGCUGCUACGGGUGUCUUGGAGCGCGUUCGGACGAUACAAUCCACCUUGUUCUUCCCGACCUCCACAGCGAGUACUCAACCAAGGUGAGCGCACUCCCGUGGGCGGAGACGGAGGUGGAGAAGAGCGACGCUAGCGACGGCGAUGGCAAUGACGUCGACAUGAACCCUACGCUCAUCGCAGCCAUCGAAAAGACACUGCCACCAUCCAUAACUGGCAAGAUUCGUGGAGCGGUUGUUGCAUUUGUGCACCACUACAUGUCUUUGUGCUAUCCCACCAAGCCCAGCCUCACGUUCACGGCCCGCUCCUCGAUCCCUAUCGGUGCCGGGCUGGGAUCAUCAGCGGCGUAUUCGACGUGCGUCUCCGCCGCGCUGCUGUUAUACAUGCAGAAGGUAGUGAUCAACCGCCAACGCGCCACACCGCACAUAUCGCACAGUGGACGCAAAUACAUCGGUGUAGACAUCGCAGCAACGGUGAACAAAUGGGCGUUUGCCUCUGAGCGGAUACUGCACGGGACGCCUUCGGGGAUCGACAACAGUGUGUCGGUCUUUGGCGGGGCCAUAUCGUAUGCGCGCGGACGUGCUCAGCCCAUGAUCCCCCUGCAAGGUUUCCAAAGCAUGCUGCUGCUCCUCGCAAACACGCACGUCGAGCGCGACGCGAAGGCGGUGAUUUCACGCGUGCAUGCCCUUAAAGCGAACCAGCCGGGCCUGUUCGAUGAGUGCAUGCGCCGCAUUCAGGAUGUCGUGGACGAGGCCGUGCGCUGUUUUCAGGAUACUGACCUUCCUCGCGAGAGCAUGCUCGUCGGUCUAGGUAAACUCGUCGCAGCUAACCACGCCCAACUCGAGUUACUCGGCGUUAGCCACCCCGCUCUCGAAAUGAUCAUCGCUAAAUUGAAGGCGUACGGGCUACAGACUAAGUUGACUGGCGCGGGCGGCGGCGGUUGCACGGUGACACUCCUCCCAGACUCGUUUGGAGCGGGUGGAGAGAGUGGAAAGAGUGGAGAGAGUGCUCACACUCUUGCUCACGUCACGUCUAACCUCGCACAGAACGGGUUCAGCUCAAUCGUCACUACCGUCGGCGGAUCAGGACUCGGUGUCCUCAUCGAUAAGAAGGUGUGGGAUAUGCGUCUCGUUGACCAGGAUGCGCGGGAGAGUGUCGCUCCGUUGGCUGGAAUAUUCACUCAGAGUUCUGCUGAAGAACUCGCUGGGAAAAUGAAGGAAUGUGGACAUUGGGUGUUUGUAUGA